UUUUUCUCCCUCGCAUUCUGUUUUCUCUCGUUGUUCGUAACGUAUGUAGGUAGUUAUUCAAUUGACGGAGAUGCCCCCGGUCUGACAUGGUUCAGUCGAUGGCGAACUUAGGAUGAUAUCCUACUUGACGAUUCUCUCGUAGCUCCGUCACAUUAGCCCGUUUUACUUCGAAACAGUAUUCUUCCAUACUUUACAAAGCUUUUCGCGCUAAACGCGAGCGUUACCGGGAAGAUAAUCUUGGAAAAUACUCGUCGCUGCGACAAUCGCAAAUUAUUCGUUGUCAUAUAGACAGAAAAUACAGACCCAGAAAGCUCACAAGAGUUUUAUAAACUUCGAAGGAAUCGUUUGAAUGUUGACAACUUCACAGUGUCUCAACUCGUGGUAUAAAUUAAUGCACAAAACUUCUUCGAUUCAAAAGACUCGAAGUGGUUCGUUACUUCGGAACGAACCUCUGCACCAUUAACGAAACUCGGUGCUUUUUUUCGUCGCGAAUAUAAACAGUGUCAAAAGAGACAUCGAUUCGGAAGGAGCCUGUUGCCUUUACUGCGAAACUGUACCAACCGACACAACAAUACGACAGAAGCGCCGCUUCCGAUUUCGAACGUAACAGUUGUUUUUUGUACUUCAAAAUAAUUUCUGUGCGAUAUUAUCACUGCUUCAUCGUGUUGUUUUUUUCAACAAGUUUUCAAAGUUUGGUGGGACAAAAACACCGAGUGUCUGUUCGUAUAAAGUAGUUCUAUAAAAAAAAAAAGAGACUCAUAGUCGGAAAAUUCUGAGAGAUUAAACAAAAUGUGCUAAUAAUCACAGCAAUCAUUAUUUAAGGUUAUGGCGACAGAUUUGUGCAGAAAUGGGACUCUGAGCGCGACGUCUACCAGGGCCGUAGGCAAUAUGAGGCAAAGAAAAAGCGGUGGCAUUCUCGGUGCCAAAGAUCCAGUCUCUGCUUUACCCGAGGAACAGCUCAAGUUCCAAGAUACGAGAUUCUUGACCUCUCUUGUUCUUGGUAGAAACAGAAUAAUCUCGCCGGACGUAUUGCCAUCGUGUUCGCCUGGGAUAUUCCGUCAAAAAUCAUUCCGUUCGAGUAGCAGUUCGACGCCGACGACGACGCUGAGUAGCGCGGGUGUCGCGACAACCGGGAAUCAGUGCGUUCACGUACAGACUACGAAACGGACGAGUUCAAACAAUUCGAGGAGUACCGAGAAAGCGGGACUGAAUAAUAUUUUAAUGAGAAAAAACGAUGAGUCGUCAUGCUUAACCAAUACCGAUAAUAGUGCUAACAGCUUGGUGAAAAAAAGUGUAAACAACAAUUUUAAUCAAAUAACAAGAACGAAUAGCAGGAUUGGUUUACCGGCGUCAGGAAGAGGAGGAGAAACUAGAGCGCCCCGUAAUAAUAACCUUACCCCUAAGCACUCUCGUCGUGUUACGGUACUGGCUAAUAAAAUGGCGUCUGCGAGCUCUAACGCGGUCGUGCAGGGCUGGCCCAACACCAAAGACGACUACGAUCUCAAAGAGGUUAUCGGCGUCGGAGCCACUGCUGUGGUACACGCUGCUUUUUGUAUACCCCGGCAAGAAAAAUGUGCCAUAAAACGCAUAAAUUUGGAAAAAUGGAACACGAGCAUGGACGAACUUCUGAAAGAGAUUCAGGCAAUGUCAUCCUGCAAUCACGAAAACGUUGUUACAUAUUAUACGUCCUUCGUUGUAAAAGAAGAGCUAUGGCUUGUACUGCGACUUUUGGAAGGUGGAUCUUUACUUGAUAUUAUAAAGCAUAAAACGAGAACGACGAAUUGCAAACACGGCGUUUUUGACGAAGCAACGAUAGCAACCGUACUUCGAGAAGUUCUCAAAGGCCUUGAGUAUUUUCACAGUAAUGGACAAAUCCACAGAGAUAUUAAAGCAGGCAACAUUCUGCUGGGUGAAGAUGGAACCGUCCAAAUAGCAGAUUUCGGUGUUAGCGCCUGGCUCGCAACGGGUCGAGAUCUGAGCAGACAAAAAGUUCGUCACACGUUCGUUGGUACACCAUGUUGGAUGGCCCCUGAAGUCAUGGAGCAGGUGAGAGAGGAUCAUGGAUACGAUUUCAAGGCUGACAUAUGGUCGUUGGGUAUAACGGCUAUUGAAAUGGCAAGUGGUACCGCUCCUUAUCACAAAUAUCCACCUAUGAAAGUACUCAUGCUAACUCUACAAAACGAUCCUCCAACAUUGGACACUGCUGCCGAUGAUAAAGAUCAAUACAAAGCAUAUGGUAAAACAUUUCGUAAAAUGAUCGUGGACUGUCUUCAAAAAGAUCCUACGAAGCGGCCUACCGCAACGGAAUUACUGAAACAUCCUUUCUUCAAAAAAGCUAAGGACAAGAAAUACUUGCAACAAACAUUGGUUGCGAUAGGACCGAGUCUUGAAACCCGUGUGCAGAAGGCAUCGAAGAGGCAACCAGGCACUUCGGGUCGGUUGCACAGAACGGUAACGGGUGAAUGGGUCUGGUCGUCAGAGGAAGAAGACAGCGAUGCCUCGAGUGCAGAAGACGGCAAGGAAGCUUUACCCGUAAAUACGAUCGACAACGGGAGCAGCGACGAAGAAGCUGCUGAUGCUAAAGAUUACGGUCAAGUCAAAUCAGCCGCUAGUCGUAUCGCUAUUCCAGUGGCGGAACAAAAUGUUCCAUUUAAUUUCGUACUUCGACUCCGCAAUCAAAAGCGAGAACUGAACGAUAUUAGAUUCGAAUUUGCGGUGGGUGUCGACUCGGCGGAGGGGAUAGCCGUUGAACUCGUUGGGGCUGGUUUAGUCGAUCGAAAAGACAUCGUCGUGAUAGCCGCAAAUCUACAAAAACUCAUCGAUAGCGCUGGCCAACUUCGUACUGUCACUUUUCCGUUGAAUUCGGGUUACGCAGCCAACGAAGUACCGGAUGAUAAGGCGUUAAUCGGUUUUGCUCAGAUCUCCAUCACAGAUUAAGCUUUACGUUUCUUCGCUCUCCUCAUUUAAGUUUUGCGCUUUUUCCUUCUCCGAGUUGAUUUUGAUCGACUCGAGAAUAAGUGGCUCUUAAAAAUGUUGGGUACCUAUCAUGAAGAUACGAAUAAGGUGCGAUAUUAAAUAAAAAAGAAAAUAAGAAGACGAAAUUCCUCUAGUUUUCAAUAAAUCGAUGCAGAAAUCGAAUUGUAAGUAUUAAUUCAUGGAGAGUUAUCGAAAACAGACAUUGUAUUUUUCGAGAAAUCAAAGUCCAUUAUAUCGCUCGUGCACAAUGAUUUGAAUCCUAAAAAUUGCGUUACAAGUUUUUUCUUGAUGUUUAACAAUGCCCAUAGUUUCGAUUGAUAAUAGAAAUUACGAAAUUAUUUAAACGACUGUUUGAAGAAAAAUGAGACUCGAAAUGAAAAAAAAAAAAAAAAAAACAAAAAAAAUAAGAAA